AUGACAACUGUUGUUCGUAUACUCGCAUAUAGUUAUGCAGCUGAUCACUAUGAUGAGUAUAUUAAAAUCGGUGAGAGCACUGUCAUUAAAUGCUUGAAGGCAUUUUGUAAUGCUAUUGUUGCUGUGUAUGCAGAGAAGUAUAUGCGCCCACCCAAUGAAGCCGACAUAGUAUGGCUGCUUGAAGAAGGGGAGCAGAGAGGAUUUUUGGGUAUGCUUAGUUCUAUCGACUGUAUGCACUGGGAGUGGAAGAAUUGCCAAGUGGAGUGGCAAGGCACACAUAGGGGACGAUCUGGCAAGAAAACUCUCAUAUUGGAAGCAGUUGCCUCACAAGAUUUGUGGAUCUGGCAUGCAUUCUUCGAAAUGCCUGGUUCACACAAUGAUAUAAAUGUGUUGGAUCAUUCCUUAGUAUUCAAUGGUAUCGUUAAUGGCCAAUUACCUCCGGUUAAUUAUGUAGUGAAUGGACAUCAUUAUAGAAUGGGGUAUUACCUGUCUGAUGGUAUAUACCCUAAGUUGGCAACUUUGAUGCAGACCAUCCCACAUCCAACCACUACAAAAGAAAAAUUAUUUGCUCAGCGACAAGAGGCAGCAAGGAAAGAUGUGGAACGGGCUUUUGGGGUAUUGCAAAUCAAGUGGGCAAUAAUGCAAGGACCAAUACUAUGGAAGUAUGAACCAGAUAUGUCAGACAUGUUGAGUUGGGUUAAUGUGGACAUUGAUAAGGAUAUUUCCUAUGAAGAGGGACUGGUCCAGAUUCUUGACACUCGAGAAAAGGUGUUAAGUGAGGACUUCUCCCAAAAUGGGUAUCAGUUUGACCCUGAAGAGAUUCCAGAGCUUGAUGCAAAGCGAUCCAAGAAAGCCUAUGAUCUGGCCUAG